CCAUCUUCUUAAAAAACAUGAAUAAUGUUGUUAUAAUAAUGAUAGUUUAAUAACUUUAUUGAGUCGGUCACCAUUCCAACAUGCAAACCAAAAUUUGAGCUGACCGUGGUAAUUUCUUAUCAAUGUUUGCCUUUAUUUUGAAACUUAAUACGAGCCACGCUGGGAGAGGAAGCAUGAAACUAUACAUAAACGGGGUUGAGGGACCCAUUAAGACACUUAUUGGAUCAUUUUGUCUAAACAUUAGGUACAACGUCUCGCAUCGGUUAGUUUAUUCAUGCAUAUUUUAUUCAUUAUGGGGUGGCCCAAACCCCACCCCAACACACAUUCCAUUUGCAACUUGUAUAUUGGUUUCAUAAAAUAGCCUCUUUUGGAGGAAGAAUUCCCCCUUACCGAACAGCUGCAGAAUGUUUCAGUCAUUUCUUCCAGGAGUAAUGGAUUCUUGGCGCCCUAGGAGAUGAACCACAAGCGGGGCUGACAUUACACUGCUGUGAAGUAAAGAUAAACUACUGUAAACAUUUAGACCCAAGCGGCAGAAGCCUCGUGUCUAGCUUUUAUUUAUUAGGGUGUUCUCUAGCACGUAACAGUCCAGGCCUGUUUACAUCUAUGGUUUAAUGUCUGUUUAAUUCUGGAACUGGAGUGAAAAGGGUCUUCUCACCCAAACAUCUGUUCCAAGAUACAAUUAAAUGGUUGUGAAUUCCUUCCAUCUUCUAUGGCAUCAUGUGUCCGAAUGUGAGGAUGUGCCCGGGCGUUUUCCUUCUACUGUAGUCUGCUCCAUCGGCUGGGGGACUUGACUGGUAGAUCGAUGCCCUUUCGAUAAUCCCACCUGAUUGGUCCACCAAUGGCAUUCAGCUUCCCCCAAUGUCCGUGGGAUCCUCUGUGCUUUUUUAAUCUAUUUCCUUAUGUCAUCAAUGCAUAGCGAUUCAAACACAAUCUUGUGAACAAUCGAGUGUUUGAUUCAUUCAGUCUUAUUUUUUGUGUCCUAGCAGUAAAUAUGAAGCUUUUAAGUUAAACAACUGAAUCCCCAACCAGUGCCCACCUCACAGAGGUUUGCCCAGGCCUAGUGUGUGUUCUGUCGGGACGGACGGUUUUGGUUUCCCCCCUUGAUUGAAUCAAAAUAUCUGGCGACGGGAGUACUAAAAGAGAUGUGUUUCCUUUGGCACAGCUCUCAGUUUUAGCUUAGGUAAUGUCUCAAGCAUGAGAGCGAGAGAGCUGUAUGAAAGGAGAGGGAAAUAUGUGUGUAUAUGAGAGUGAGAAAGCGAUGUAGUUACAUUGUACCCCGGUGUUUGUUUAGAUUGGACACUGGGGGUCCACCACAAAUGUUAACAAAGGAUCCUGUAAUGCAUCACUUAAGGAAUGUGCUAGAUGGAAUGAAGGCCAUUUGUUUUAGCAGCAGUUAGUUUGGCAGGAGAGCUUAAUUUACAUUACCAACAUGUAUGGAUAGAUAUUUUAGAAAUAAUACAAAUCAGAUAAGUAAUCAAACAUUGAAAUAGGUAACAUCAACAGUUUGGCUUCCAUGUAACACCUAAUGGAAUAUAAUAAAAUGCACUUUAACAGAGAGUGGUUUAUAAAAAUCAUAAAUCGAUGAGCCUUUUGAGAUUAAGGAAUUUAAAAGUUCACCGUCAAAUAACACGCCAGUACUUGUGAAAGGUUUCUGUUGCUCAGAAAGUGCAGCUUAACUGUAAUUCUUUGAGUCAAAUCACACUGACAGAUUCCUUUGGAGCAUUAAACACAUUAUUUGGCAGCUGUAUUGUAUAUUCAACUGCUUCCAACACAAGAACCUGCAUAGGCCGCAUCUACAGGUUUUGUUAUUUGCAACCAAAUCUUGUGGCCCUUCACAGUUUAAAGAGGUUUUAUUGAUUCAGAUCAAUCAAUAAGUAGUGAAAUCCCCGCGCGCACUCACAUCUUAUUGGCUUUUACAACGUGAUUGAUCCACCUUGAUUAGCAACGGUAAUUAAGUCCCCCCAACGUUGAUGGCAUUUUAGAAUAUAUAGAUCUAACAAUCUCAUCAAGCUGGUGGAUGCUGCAAAGUCAAAUCAGUCAAACAAGGCUUUACCUAAUUUAAGCUAAAUACAAUGUUUUUCAAAUAAGAUGCUCUGCGGACAGCCUCCACUCUGUUUAACCCGAGAAGUGGUUUGCUGUAGUCUGGUUUUCCACUCAAAAGAUAUUUGUGCAUGUGCAUGAAAAAUGUACACAUGAAUGGUAAAAUAGUAAAAAAAGAAAAUUCCAUUUACUAAAGUCUGCACCUGUCUGCCAGUUGUCCCCUAAGGAAUGCCGUGGCAGCUUGUGUCAAUCCAGGCAGAUUCCGUUGUUGAAAAGUCAGAAUAGGUGUAGCGGCUCAAACUCUUUCUGUUUUUUCUUUUUCCAGAGACUCAAUAUAUUCACGCUUCUCUAGAAACCGUAGCAUGGAUCACCUCAUCUCUGCACAAUACGUUAUGUGUCCAACUAGAAGCCAAGCUAACACGAUGAAAUGGAUGCUCUUCGUGCUGUCAUGAUGCAUGACGAUAUCCAACAAAAAUUUCAUGGGUGGUCCCGCCAAAUCCCGGCUCUGGAAGAUCUGGAGCUAGAAUGCUGGAUUUGAAGGCAAACAACGACUUUCAUGUUGCUUGGAGCGAUGAAUGCCGGGCUGUCUCCAGACAUGACACACCGCUUAGAGACAUCAGCAGUGUUUCAAUGUGUGCGUGCACAUCCUGCCUUCUGUGUCGGUGUGUUACCACUGAGCUGUGACCGCUAGUACUGGUGACGUGAUGGACAACAAACACUGCCUCCAAAGCUCAUCUGAAGCGGAUGGCUCCAAUCACAAUUCAGGAACCUCCCUAGUCAUCCAAUGGAUCUCACUGUCUCCACUGAGCUACCUGAGGGCCGGUAGCACAAAGCUCAAGGUGGUGAGCUUCCUGUUUGGCCUGACGUUGUCCUUCUUCAUCGUGGCUUCCUACAUCCUGACGUGGGACAAGACAGGAAUUCUGAUCACUCCGGCCCCCUCCCCGCUGAGGCCCUCCCUGGACAUGAGAUCCCUGUUGAGGAACAUCCUAUUCAAACUGGACUACACACCCAGGAGAGUCCCAGACGAGAGAGAGGUUAUUGGCUCAGACCCAGAGUUGUUUUCCGCGAUUCCUCAACGGUUCCUUCCCCACGUCAAGAACCCGUGCUGGCUGGCCGAGUAUUUGAGCGAGCCCGGCGCCGACCCUUAUUGGAGGAACCUGUUCAAGCUGCGCUCUAAGAGCUUCAAAACAGUCUGUGACAACAUGAGGACUAGCUUCCAGGGACACCUGCACCACAGAGACGGCAAAGUGUACCGGCUGCGCUGCUUGCCGUACUUCUACAUCAUCGGUCAGCCGAAGUGUGGCACCACCGACUUGUUUCACAGACUGCGGCUGCACGGGGAGAUUAAGUUCACCACCAUGAAGGAGCCCCACUGGUGGACAAGGAAACGCUUCGGUUAUAUUCGUUUUAAAGAUGGGCUGAAGGCGCGUUUCCCUUUGGAAGAUUACCUGGACCUCUUUGACAUGGCAGCCCAUCGCAUCCAGGAACAUAUGCUCGCUAAUUCAUCCACUGAAAAUAGCGAAGUUCAAUUCAUUACAGGCGAGGCAAGUGCAUCCACAAUGUGGGAUAACCAAGCUUGGAGCUAUCUCCAUGGAGACAAGGAGGAGGCAGAACCACUGUUACUGGCCCAAGACUUCAUCCACACGGUUCAGCCAAAUGCCAAAAUAAUCAUCAUGCUUAGAGAUCCAGUAGAGAGGCUAUACUCAGACUACCUGUACUUCAAAGUAGCAAACAAGUCCAUGGAGGACUUCCAUCAGAAGGUCAUCGACUCACUGCAGUUAUUUCAGGCCUGUCUAUUCAACAGCACUCUUCGUUACUGUGUCUACAACACCGACCUCUCCAACGCAAUGCCGGUAAGGCUGAAUCUGGGUAUGUACGUUGUCUUCCUUCUGGAUUGGUUGACAGUUUUCCAAAAAGACCAGAUCCUAAUUCUUCCAUUGGAGGAGUACGCAGCCAACCUUGGCGCGACGAUACAGAAAGUGUUUGAAUUUCUAAAUGUUGGCUCUCUGUCAAAGCAGGCGGCGGCGGCAGUGACCAGGCGGCCCAUGUCGAACGCCCGGCGGGCGGCCGACAGGAGACUGGGCCCCAUGCUGAACGCCACCAGGGCCCUCCUCAGGGACUUCCACCGGCCCUUCAACAGCAAGCUGGCCCGCCUGCUGGACCACAAGGCCUUCCUCUGGACAGACGUGUGACGACAGGGGGAGGGACUCUAGGCAAACGCCUCCAUUCUGAUGAACUGUUCCCUGCUGAGAAGGAUCCUCAUACCGUGGCCAACAGACAGAUCCCAGAUCUGAGUUUAGUUGGAUAUGACAGAUUUCACAGGACAGUGAUGCCCUUCACAUUCGAAAGCAUUCAGUGUUACGUAGAUCAUGGGUGUCAUGAAUGUUCUCUUAAUGAUUGUUUGUUUGAUUUAUUAAAAUAGUGAAACUGUCUUUAUGCUGAUUUUGGCACUGCAUUGCCCAGUUUGAUAUUCUUGUUUCAUAUUCUUGUUCUGGUCACAAGAGGGCAGUUUAUUCACAUAGAUAGAUUUUAAUCCUCCAAUAUCUGCAGCUCUGAGUGAUUCAUUCAAUAUCCAUUAACACAAAACCUCUGUUCUUGUGUUGCAAACCAGAAAAUAUAUUUUUUAAUAAACUUC